UCGGGCUGCCAAUCGAAUGCAGUCUCACAUAGAGCGGGAUCCCUUCUAGAGAUGCUUCGCCAAGUAGCAGCUUAAGAAAGCAAUCAGUUAGCAUUUUGGCUGGAAUCAAAGCAGCGGAUAGAUCAGCCGAUAGGUUACAGCGGAUACGGGGAUUCUGUCUGGUUCUAAAAGAGGUUCCCUAGUGACGGAUGUGUUCUUCCUGUCCCGUCCAUGAACAAAAUUGGCGCUAGGAAUAUAAAAAGAUUUAUUCAUUUCUUGAAGGAGAAAUAGGAAUAAAGGGAUUCGACUCGAUUCAUCAAUGGCUGCUCCUGUGCCUCCAGGGGCAUCUAGAACCGGCAAUAACCCUCCACCACCACCCCCAAAUUACAAUCCUAAUUUCAGAGGCACUCCCGAUUCUCUAGCUGAUAAUAUGCAGAAUUUGAAUGUUAAUCGGCCUCCCAUGACCUCCAACCUUGCUACAAGACCUCCCCCAUUUGGCCAAUCACCCGCAUUUCCAUCUUCAUCUCCUUCCCCAGGGAUUCCUGGCCCCUCACCACCAUUUUCACGACCUGGUCCACCUCCAGUUGCUCAGUUGAGACCUCCAGUGCCUGGAUAUGGGCCGGCAUCAUCUACGUUACCUCCAAAUUUUGUGCCUGGAAGGCCAACUGGGCCACCCACUGGUCAACCUUUGCCUUUUGGGUCCAGGCCCCCUCCUAGUACUCUGCCAUCAUCUACAGGCAGUCCAGCAGCACCAGCUUCUGGGGGACCUUAUCCUGGAAGUUUUCUGCCAACCCAUCCCGCCGGGCCUCCACUAUCAACUCCAGGUGCUCGUCCUAAUGCAUUUACUUCUGCUCCAUUGAGUGGCCCCCAGGUCAUGCCUCCACCAAGCGCAUCAGGUAAUGUGAUGAGCAACGGGCCGCCAGCAUUUUCUUCUGGGGCCUUGUCAGCUCGUGCCCAAUUUCCUGCAAUUAACAGUGCUUCACAACUGCCUGUUGGACCUCCCAUGGUCAGACCUCCUCCUAGCCCUGCACUGCAAUCUCAGCUGCCAUCUUCGAGUGCCCCUCAAGGAACAAUGCCGCCUUCAGGCUCGCCUUUUGGGGUACCUUCUUGGCAGAUGCAGCCCCAGCAGGUGGCACCACCUCCAGUUCCUGGCCCUCCACAAACUUCUCAGAUGUUUGGGAUGCCACCUCCACUGCCAAAUCAAUCUAUGACAACUACCAUCUCACCUGCAGUUGGUCAAACAGGAGCCCCUGUGGCAGGGCCAUCAAAAAUUGACCCCAAUCAGAUUCCUAGGCCCACUCCAAGUUCCUCAGUGAUAUUGCAUGAAACUCGUCAAGGCAACCAGGCAACCAUUCCUCCGCCUGCCACAAGUGAUUACAUUGCAAGAGAUACAGGGAAUUGCAGUCCCCGUUACAUGAGGUGCACAAUUAAUCAGAUUCCCUUCACUGCUGACCUUUUGGCAACAUCAGGAAUGCAAUUGGCAUUGUUAGUCCAGCCUUUGGCCCUUCCUCACCCCUCUGAGGAACCCGUCCAAGUUGUGGAUUUUGGGGAGAGUGGUCCUGUCCGCUGCUCGCGUUGCAAGGCCUACAUAAAUCCUUUCAUGAAAUUUGUUGAUCAGGGAAGGCGUUUCAUCUGCAACUUGUGUGGAUUUACUGAUGAAACUCCACGUGACUACCAUUGCAAUCUAGGUCCAGAUGGUCGACGUAGGGAUGCUGAUGAAAGGCCUGAAUUGUGUAGAGGAACAGUUGAAUUUGUUGCCACAAAGGAGUUCAUGGUUCGUGAGCCAAUGCCAGCUGUGUAUUUUUUCCUCAUUGAUGUGUCCAUGAACGCUGUGCAAACUGGGGCAACAGCUGCUGCUUGCAGUGCAAUCAGUCAAGUUAUCACUGAUCUUCCUGAAGGCCCACGCACAAUGGUGGGAGUUGCAACAUUUGACUCUACAAUCCAUUUUUACAGCCUAAAACGUGCUUUGCAGCAGCCAUUGAUGCUCAUUGUUCCUGAUGUACAAGAUGUUUAUACUCCUUUGGAAACUGAUGUUAUUGUUCCACUAGCUGAGUGCCGUCAACACUUAGAAUUACUUCUGGAAAGCAUUCCUUCCAUGUUUCAUAAUAACAUGACCUCUGAGUCAGCCUUUGGUGCUGCAAUCAAGGCAGCUUUUUUGGCAAUGAAGGGAAGUGGAGGGAAGCUUUUGGUUUUUCAGUCAGUCUUGCCAUCACUAGGCAUUGGAGCCCUCUCUGCUAGGGAGGCUGAGGGUAGAACAAAUACCUCUGCAGGGGAAAAGGAGGCUCAUAAAUUGCUUCAACCAGCAGACAAAGCAUUCAAGGAACUGGCAAUUGAAUUUGCUGAAUAUCAGGUCUGUGUUGAUGUAUUUCUCACUACCCAGAAUUACGUAGACAUUGCUUCCGUAUCUGUCAUCCCAAGAACUACUGGCGGACAGGUCUAUUACUAUUACCCAUUCUCAGCUCUUGCUGAUCCUGCCAAACUUUACAAUGAUCUAAGAUGGAACAUCACUAGGCCACAAGGUUUUGAGGCUGUAAUGCGUGUCAGAUGUAGCCAGGGUAUCCAAGUACAGGAAUACUAUGGCAAUUUUUGUAAACGCAUUCCAACUGAUGUUGACCUAGCUGGGAUUGACUGUGACAAGACUUUUAUGGUAACCCUGAAACAUGAUGAUAAGUUGCAGGAUGGAUCAGAAUGUGCUUUUCAGUGUGCUCUUCUUUACACAACUUUGUAUGGCCAAAGAAGAAUUCGUGUUGUAACCUUAUCCCUGCCUGUAACUAGCAUGCUAAGCAAUCUAUUCCGUGCGGCUGACUUAGACACUCAAUUUUGUUGUUUCUUGAAGCAAGCUGCCAGUGAAAUUCCUUCGAAGCCACUCCUGCUAGUCCGAGAACAAGUGACAAAUCUAUGCAUCAAUGCACUAUUUUCAUAUCGUAAAUUCUGUGCUACUGUGUCAUCAUCGGGACAACUUAUUCUUCCAGAGGCACUAAAGCUUCUACCCCUGUACACGCUGGCACUAAGCAAGAGUGUUGGCUUGCGAAAUGAGGGGAAAAUUGAUGAACGGUCAUUCUGGAUAAAUUAUGUAUCCUCUCUCUCUACUCCACUGGCAAUACCACUUGUGUACCCCAGGAUGGUGGCAAUCCAUGAUCUUGACUCUAAGGAAGAUCAUGACUCUGUUAUUCCUUCCUUUCUUCCUCUUUCUAGUGAACAUAUCAGCAAUGAGGGAGUAUAUCUUCUUGAAAAUGGUCAUGAUUGUUUGAUAUAUAUUGGAGACUCUGUGAGUUCGGAUAUUCUCCAGAGGCUGUUUGGUGUUGCCACAGUUGAUGAAAUUCCUACUCUGUUUGUGUUACAGCAAUUUGACAAUCCGUUGUCAAAGAAAUUAAAUGAAGUGGUAAAUGAGAUACGGCGGCAGCGAUGUUCUUACCUCCGGUUAAAGUUAUGCAAAAAAGGAGACCCGUCAGGAAUGUCCUUCUUCUCAUAUAUGGUAGAAGACAAGAGCACAGGUGGCUUCUCCUACGUAGAGUUUCUUAUCCACGUUCACAGGCAAAUUCAGCAUAAAAUGACAGCAUGAGGAGCAGAUGCCUACUAUUGUUGAGCAAGUUUCCCCUUAAUAUGGGAAACGACGAUAAUAGGUGAGAUUCUGGUUAUAGGCGCUCACUCGAAUCAUUGCCUUGAACUUUUAUCAAGGGAAACAAGACAACUUAAGUUUUAUAUUUUUGUUUUGAUUAAUUUACAAGGUGAUUGAUUUUGGUAAUAGUUUACAAGUUCUAUAUGCACAUUAUAUUUGUAGUUUGGUUCUUGGUCAUUUUAGCUUGCAUUCGUUAUUUAGAAAAGAUAAUUGGUCAUGAGGACAUGAUAUUUUUAUACAUACAAUGUACCUGGAGGAAUUUUUCCCCGAUUUUUCCUCGAUA